ACUAAAAAGAUGGAGAAAGCAUCCAAUCUGAGCUCCAGUUUUUUGCUGCUUGGACUCGUGGAGAUGGAAGGACUUUGGUACAUUUAUUGCUUUGUUUGUCUCAUCACUUACACAUUCAUAAUGAUUCUGAGCGCCAUCAUCGUGCUUGUGAUCAUGACCAAGGAAAGCCUUCAUGAACCCAUGUACGUUCUCAUAUGCAACCUCGUAAUCAACGGCAUAUUCGGAAGUUCAACUUUUUUCCCAAAACUAAUAGCUGACCUUUUCUCUUCAUCGAAAAUGAUCUCCAGAGGUUCCUGCCUCAGCCAGGCUUUCUGUGUCUUGUUCUUUGCCUUUUUUGAAAUCUGUACUUUUACUAUAAUGGCCUAUGACCGAUACCUGGCUGUCUGUUACCCUUUGCAAUAUGUCCUUAUCAUGACAAUAGAGAAGACAUUGACGUUUAUCAUUGCAUCUUUUGCCUUCACCUUCACGUCGGUCUUGGUUGCAAUCCUUCUUUCUGCCAGACUCCCCCUUUGUGGAUCACAAAUCAAAAAUAUCUUUUGUGAUAACAUGUCUUUUUUCAUACUUUCUUGUACCGACACGUCUAUCAAUAAUGUCUAUGGUGCCGCCGUAUUCAUGAUUUUUUUGGUGUUUACCCUAUUGGUCAUAACCUAUUCCUACCUAAGGAUAUUUGUCAUCUGCUUUAAGAUUUCCAAGCAUGCCUGCGAAAAGGCAAUCCAUACACUGGUCACUCAUUUGCUGAAUUUUUCUAUUUUCCUCAUAGGGGUCUUGUUUAUAUUUAUUAGGUACAGGCUGGGGAACAUUGAUCUCCCACUGGGGGUGCAAAUUCUGCUGUCAGCUACCUGCUUGGUUAUUCCUCCUCUACUCAACCCUUUUAUAUACGGAAUAAGGACAAAAGCUCUAAAAAUUAAAAUCAGCCACUUUCUGCAAAACGUAAUUGUUUGGAAUAAAUUAUAA